GCCAAUCAGAGCGGCCGCUCGCUGCCUCGUCCUUCCUCCCAGUGUUUUGUUGCCGCUGAGUAGGCGCCAUAUUGGCUUCCAGUAAUAAACGGCAGCAGUGUGUCUGUGGUGACUUGAGAGGCAAAGAUGCUGUACCUGGAGGAUUACCUGGAGAUGAUCGAGCAGCUUCCCAUGGAUCUGCGCGACAGGUUUACGGAAAUGCGGGAGAUGGACUUGCAGGUGCAGAAUGCAAUGGACCAGUUGGAGCAAAGGGUUGGGGAGUUCUUUUCCAAUGCAAAGAAAAAUAAGCAAGAGUGGAGGGAAGAACAGAUGGGUUCUAUCAAAAAGGAUUACUUCAAAGCUUUGGAAGAUGCUGAUGAAAAGGUCCAAUUAGCAAAUCAGAUUUAUGAUUUGGUAGAUCGACAUCUAAGAAAACUCGACCAAGAACUGGCUAAAUUUAAAAUGGAAUUGGAAGCUGAUAAUGCAGGAAUAACAGAAAUCCUAGAGAGAAGGUCUCUGGAAUUAGACACACCAUCACAGCCAGUUAAUAACCACCAUGCACACUCUCAUUCUACAGGUGAAAAAAGGAAGCACAAUCAAUCAUCCCAUCAUUCUACUACAGACCAUGUUCCAGAGAAGAAAUUCAAGUCUGAUGCAUUGCUUUCAACUCUUACAUCUGAUGCUUCUAAAGAGAACACUCCAGGUUGUAGAAAUAACAUGACUGCCACAACCACCACUAAUGUUUAUAAUGUGAACUCCUCUCAGCCACUUGCAUCAUACAACCUUAGCUCACUCUCUGCAGGAGCUGCGGCUGGGGCUGGGGCUGGUGCUAUAACAAUGGCAGCUGCUCAGGCAGUACAGGUGACUGCACAGAUGAAAGAAGGUAGAAGAACUUCCAGCAUGAAAGCAAGUUAUGAAGCAUUCAAAAAUAAUGACUUUCAACUCGGGAGAGAGUUUUUGUCUAGGGAGUCGUCAAAUUAUCCCUCUUCAGCACUGGCUUCCACGCUUACACAGACAUUGACCUCUUCAGCCACAACUGAUUCUCGAAGUGGGCGAAAAAAUAAGAGCAACAAUAAAUCUUCAAGUCAACAGUCAUCAUCGUCUUCUUCCUCGUCGUCUUUAUCCUCAUGCUCCUCAUCAUCUGCUUUAGCCCAUGAGCUCUCUCAUCAACAGACAGCAGCUAUUCCAGAGUCAGAUUCUAAUAGCCAGGUCGAUUGGACUUAUGAUCCGAAUGAGCCCCGGUAUUGCAUUUGUAAUCAGGUUUCCUAUGGUGAAAUGGUGGGCUGUGAUAACCAGGAUUGUCCAAUUGAAUGGUUCCAUUAUGGAUGUGUAGGAUUAUCUGAAGCUCCUAAAGGCAAAUGGUAUUGCCCACAAUGUACAGCUGCCAUGAAGAGAAGAGGAAGCAGACAUAAAUAACAUAAUCAUGCAGAGUUCAACAUGAAUAUUUAGGAUUUUUAUUAACCUGGCGGUAACACAGUGUCAUGUUAUGACGGUCAGUUUGCUAGCUGUAUUUUAUGGGAACUGGAGUAUUGAACAGAAUAGUACUCCAGUGGCUUGGCACCUCAUAAUUUGUAUGUACUGACUCACAUUUCUGUCCUUAAAGGAUUUCAAUGUCGUUUUUUUCCAACUUCUGUUUACAUUUAUAUAUCAGAGGUAUCUCUUGCACGAAUUUCCUGGCUGUUAUGUAUAAGAUGUCCCAGAACCUACUAUAGAGUAAGAGUAUGCAGUAAUUUCUAAACUCUCUUUAUAAAUGUUUUGUUUCCUUUUGAAACAAAUUUCAGCUGGCUGAUGAAAUUUUUUUUUUUUUUUGGGCUGGCAUCCAUGAAUUGUGUACGUAAUUAUUUAAUCUGUCAUGUGAGGAAUAAAAUAUUAGCUAAAUUUACUACACAAACCAUAGUGUAGUCAUCAUUGUCAUUUUUAUCAGAUGUAAUUUUUUUUGUUACAUAGUAGAGACAUUGGUAAAUAAAGUAACACUUUUUUUUAUACGUGAUAUGAAAAGUCUGUGCCUUGUCU